UACACUUCUUUUUAAUCCCCUCUGUCUUUUUCAUUACAUCACUAAUCACACUCUACAGUACCCACUCCGUACGGCUCUCUCUCUCUCUCUCUUCAGUCACUAUCACUAACAAACCUGAAAGCACCAUGACCAUAUGGCCAACCACAUGGCUGAAAUCACACCGUAAAACCCGACCCGCAGAUCUUAUCCGAUCCAAGUCCUCAGGCUUUUCUUGCUCUUCCCUCAAAGACAUUGAAACCCUUCUCCAAUCCGAACCCAUACCCGAACCUGAUUCUCCCAAAUCACCCAAAUCAAUCUUCCGCCGCCUCCGCAUAACCACCUCCCUCCUCCGCUCCUUCUCCUCACGCUCCACCGUCACCACCGUCCGCCGCACCUCUCCGCCACUCCCGCCGGACUCAGACGCCGGCUCCGUGGUCGUUUACUACACUAGCCUCCGCAUCGUCCGCCGCACCUUCGAUGACUGCCGUGCCGUCCGCUCCAUCCUCCGCGGUUUCCGCGUCGCAGUCGACGAGCGCGACGUCUCAAUCGACGAUAGAUUCCGCGACGAGCUCCAUGCGCUCCUCGGCGGCGGCCGCCGGAGCAACAUGCUCCUUCCGUGCGUGUUCGUCGGCGGCGUGUACGUUGGCGGCGCCGAGGACGUGCGGCGGUUAUACGAGAGCGGAGAACUUCAGCGAAUGAUCGAACGGCUGCCGAGGUCGCAGCCGUACGCGUGCGAAUUCUGUGGAGGGAUGAGAUUCGUGGUUUGCGACGAGUGUUUUGGGAGCCACAAGGUUUAUUCAAUGGAGAGUGGGAUUAGAAACUGCAACUCUUGCAACAUCAACGGCUUGAUUAGGUGCCCUGCAUGUUACUUCGUGCUCCCGCGACCCACCAAUCGUGGAAGUCUAGAUCACCGCAAGAUGAGUUAGUAAACAAUGGAGUUCAUUUUCAAGACACUUCUCAGUUUGGUCAAUUGACGAUGUCAAUAAAAUUCACACAGCGCUCCAAUCAUUUCAGCUAACUUCUGUUGAGCGUUUUCUUUUGUUUGGUAUUGUGAUUUCUAAUGUAUUAUAUAAACUUUAUUUAAAAUUAAGAUGCAGAUUAGAUAACGUGGUUAUGGAUGAGGGACUAUAUUAUUCCCUUAAAUUAAGUAUUGGGAAUUUAUUUUUCCUUGUUUUAAAUUCUAAAUCUACUGGCACAUCCAUUGGUAUAAACCAGCAAAAGAUUAUUUAUGAUU